AUGCCUCUUUCUACGUUGCGUCGUUUCAUUGCUUACUGUCGUCAGCGUUGUGGACCUCGACUUUCUGAGAGGGCGGCGGAGAAACUGGCAAACCAGUAUGUAUUGAUGCGCUCUGGAACCCUGAGGCAUGAGCAGGAGACGGGAAAGAGGUGUGCUAUUCCAAUUACUAUCAGGUAA